AAGGCGCCGGAGCCGGGCGGCCGGGGCCGGCCCGAGGAGGGAGGAUCCGCCGGCCUAGUCCCGGAGGUGUCGAGGUUUCAGUGAAAACGAGCAUGGCAGCUCGGACUGGUCAAAGCGCCCUGAGGAAGGUGGUCUCGGGAUGCCGUCCGAAGUCGGCGGCAGCAACUGGAGCCGCUGCUCCGGCGCAGUGUCCUACGCGGAACGUCAGAUACUUAGCUUCCUGUGGUAUACUGAUGAGCAGAACUCUUCCACUACAUACCUCAGUUGUGCCUAAGGAGAUAUACGCAAGAACUUUCUUCAAAAUCACUGCACCAUUGAUAAACAAAAGAAAAGAAUAUUCAGAGAGGAGAAUACUAGGAUAUUCUAUGCAGGAAAUGUAUGAUGUAGUAUCGGGAGUGGAGCAUUACAAGCAUUUUGUUCCUUGGUGCAAAAAAUCAGAUGUAACAUCAAAGAGAUCUGGAUAUUGCAAAGCACGAUUAGAAAUUGGGUUUCCACCUGUUUUGGAGCGAUACACAUCUGUAGUAACCCUGGUGAAGCCACACUUGGUAAAGGCAUCCUGUACAGAUGGGAGACUUUUCAAGCAUUUGGAGACUAUUUGGCGUUUUAGCCCAGGUCUUCCUGGCUACCCAAGAACUUGUACCUUGGAUUUUUCAGUUUCAUUUGAAUUUCGCUCACUUCUACACUCUCAGCUUGCCACACUCUUUUUCGAUGAAGUCGUAAAGCAGAUGGUAGCUGCCUUUGAAAGAAGAGCGUGUAAGCUGUAUGGUCCAGAAACAAAUAUACCUCGAGAGUUAAUGCUUCAUGAAGUUCAUCACACGUAAAGGGAAAAAAGAACUGAUGUCACCUAUUUAUAACUUUGUUCACUUUUUAGAAGUGCUUUCAUAGUUUGCUUUCAGAAGUCUGAAAGCAUUUGCUAAACCCAGCUUUAAUUAUAAACCUGCACUGUUGAAAAUUUGCACAUAGAAUAUGGAACAUAUACAUAGAAUUAGUUCUUCAAUCAAGUGUAAUUCAAAGUGUUACAUAUAUUAGCAUAUUCUGCAUUUAAAAUGGGAUGUCAUCACUAUUGUUAGAAUACUGACAUCACUCUUAGCAGAAAUUGAAACUGUAAAUUUAAACCUUUUAUCACCUACCUGAGAUUAGCUGAAAUACGUAUGCAGUAUGGCUUAUAUUAACCAUAUCACAUUUAAGUUAUUAAAUUUAGAAUAUUUGUAACUUAUUACCUCAUGGGUUAGGGUAUUUGAGUAAUCAUCAGAUAUUUAAAGUAAAACUUUGACUUAAAAAAUACUGUUAAUGAAGGCUUCUGGGCACUUCUGAUGUUAGUAUUCAGUGCUGUAGUGACGUUAGUGCCCAGAUGAACAGAGUAUCUUUCUUGGUGAGUGGUCCAGAGUUUUAAGCUACUUUUCUAGUAGUUUGUAAUCUUGUCAAGGUACUUUGGCUGCUCUUUCAAUAAUGCUAAUUGUGUGUCAAAUUUUGUCUACUACGGUAGGCAACAGAUGAAGAUAUGUUGGCUGAUGUCUCCAGCACUAUACAUCCCUAUUUUCUAUUUAUUAUCUGUACUCACUUUCAAUAAUGUAUUUCAAACUGUUAUUUUUUUAAACAAAUCAAUGUAAGAACUGAAGUGGUAACUUAAUAAAGUUAAUUUGUUUAUUUUUUGUAUA